UUGAAAACAUUCCAUUAACGUUUAGAGUGAGAAUUUAAGAGUUUAUGAAGCAGUUAUGUCUUCAGUUGUUUUCACAAUGAUUUGUUUGAGCAUCUUUAGUUUUAAGGAAAUUAACGCAGAGGGAAAAAAUGACAGAUCAGAAUUCUUUUAUGGGAGAAAAGUUCCUUUCCUCUGGAAAAGAUUUUCAGAAUUUCCUGACUAUCUGGAAGAAUUUGAAGAAAAAUUAAAUUUAUCCGAAGAAAAUCAACAAACAGAUCUUUGCAAAUCACAUCCAUGUAAAGAGGGACGAACAUGUGAGGCAGCUAACGGCAUGGUUUUUUGCAAAUACAAAAAACCCUGUACAGGAGAUCUUUGCGAGAUAGGUAUCAAGGAUUAACUCAAGGAUUUCAAAGCGAGCAAUGGCAACGUUCUACAGUAAAA